AAUGUAAUAAAUUAAUUUUCUUGCAAUUAUUCAAAGUGCUACAGUCUGUAAAAUAGUGUGAUUUAUUGAAGCCCUAGUAAUCUAAAAAUAUUUUGUGUAUUUUUAGUUACAAUGCAGUAGUUCUCGUUCUCAUGUGGUUGUAGUUUUUGUUAUGUAUAUAUAUGAUUUGACCUUCUCGGCUAGGAAGGUCAUUCUGGUUGCCUGGUGUUUAUAUAAUUUGGCGUAGCAUGCAGGUCUGUGCUGCUGCGGUGUCACUCUCCAUCGGAGUGAUCCCUGUGGUGGCCCGUGAUAGCCGAUACGUGCAUAAUGUUCAGAAAACAAUGUUAUCAUGUGUUAAGCCUGUUAUUUAAACAUACUCAGUUCUCAAACUUAAUUUAGAAUCGCCGCGACUUUCUAGCAGACGUUUUAUAAACUUGUAAUCUAGUUGGAUGUGAUUUUGUAGUGCCAGCACAUUGUUUCACACAUCUUUGUUUCUGGUGAGCUGAAUCAUGUCGAAGCUGUGCCGACAGGUGUCCAUAGAGUCCCCUGGGCCCACCCUGAAGGAGUGCGUGUUCAGUUUCGACGUUCCAGUCCCUGAUGUUCCACUGUACGGUGCCAGGAUCCGGGUGGUCUACGCCGGGGCUUGCUAUCGUGCGAAUAGGACACGUUCCGCGUCCGUUUGCAGCACGUCCUCAGUUUCCUCCCUCGGCAGCUUGUCUGGAGAAAGUGAGGGCUUCGGUAUCCAUACAUCAACGCCGGCCCAUAUAGGCCUGAGAGACGGCGCACUGUUCCCCGGCUACGAAGUGGCGGGGGUCGUGGACGCGAUUGGGAGAGCGGCCGAGCGGACGAACGGCAUCAAGGAGGGUACGAGGAUAGUUCUGUUCCCGUACGAGGGAGUUCCCCACGGAUACGCGGACUACAUUGUGGUGCCGGACUUCAAAUGCUUGGUGCCGGUGCCCGAUGAGCUGCCGUUGAGCGUGGCGGCCAUGUUGCCCACUGGAGCGCUGUUGGCGAUGAAUACGGUGUACACGGCCAGCGAGUGCUUGAAGGGAAUUCUUGAAGGACCCAACCAAAAAGACAAGGCCACGGUCCUGAUAGUGGGCACCGGUGGGCUGGCGCUAUGGGCGCUGCGGCUCGCGACCAACUACUUCAAGCACGGAGCGUACACUGACCGCGUCAGGGUCUCCGUGGCCACCCUCAAGGACGAGGGCUUCGUGCUGGCCAAAGAGAGCGACCAGAUAAAAGUGGUGCAAUGGAGCGAGGAUCUGUACGAGAAACAGCUGAUAGAGCGCACCAUAGACGCGUGCAGUGGCCCCGUGGACGUAGUUAUGAACUUCGGCACCACCUCCAGGUCACUUCACCGGUCGCUUCAGUGUUUGGCUGCGGGGGGCAUGGUGCUAGUCACCGAGGAUGUCGGUGAAAAACUGCUUCCCAAAUUCGCUAAGAAGGCUGAAGAAAUGGGCGUCAGAAUAGUGGUGGUUCCCAACGGGUCUAUAGAGCAACUCAGAGAGCUGGUCGCUUUGGUCGCGCGUGGGGAGAUUGAACCUCCUCCCCAUUCCGUGUUCCCUGCUGAAGACGCUCAGGAGGUCGUGAGGAAACUCUGCAACUCGGAAAUACAAGGCAGGGCAAUUCUCAAGUUCCACAAUGUCGAUUAAGUCCCAAGCGAGGCGGACAGGAAUUUGAAUAGAGCCCCAGUGUUGCCAGUCGGGAAAAUGGUAGCGGUAUUGGUAGGAAACAUCAGCGAAGGGAGAAAUUAUUUAGGCGCUUCAUUUGUCUAUUUAGUCGAUGUAAAGAAUUAAUGUGAUAUCGUCAGUUGUUGCAUCUGAAUUAAUUUAUGUCGGUUUUAUAUAAAUAAAAGUUGUAUCUUACAUUUAAAUAAAUGUUAUUGAGCGUUUUAUGUAUAACUGUGUACAAAAAAGCGUAUUACUUGCAAAACUAAAAUAAAUUUGUGGACUAAAAUAACUUUAUGGUGAUAGUAUCGUUACUAUGUUUUUGAACUGUUUAUAAAAGUAAAAAAUUGUUCUAUUAAUAUGGACUUCUGGUUUUCCAAUAGUCUUCCACUUUUAUCUUUGUAAUAAUUUAUAGCUAUAAGCUUUAUCGUCAAUUCUAUGUUUUGUUUAUCAAGAAGUAAAGUUUUGUAUUACUUAACUUCUCCAAAGUAUAUUAGUAUAAAGAAAAAGAAUCACAUAGUGAAUUCUAGAUAUUAGAUAUAUAUUUGAUUAUAAUGACUUUGAAAGUAAAGAUAGGUGUUAACUUGAUGAAAAAUUUGAUAUCUCAGCGUCAUUUCUGCAUAUAUUUGGAGAUAUUUUGUGGCUCUCCCUUAAAUAUAAGUAUUACUAAUCUGUACUUUCUAUAUCAAUGUUGUAUAAUAUUAGCUUUUAAAAAAGAAUAAAUACACUAAAUAAAUCUUUGAUGUGAUGUAAUUAAAAAAAAACAAAUAUUUUUUUUGUAUAAUAUAUACGCCUGAUGGUGGUAAGGUA